UAUUUUGUGUAUUCUUUAUUUCUUUAUAAUGAUUCUUCUAGUAGUCAGUACAUAGUAGUGAGUUUUUGGUAAAUUGCGCGUAACUUUUAAUACAUUUUUUUGAAAAAUGUAUGUUUAUUUAUGUAAAUGUAAAUAAUACAAACAGUAGUGCGUUGUUUGAAAAACUCAAUUUAGUAUAAAUUCUAAGUAAAUUAAAAUGGAAUCGUUGGAUCAGUUGCAAUCCAAUCAUAAUUUAGAAAACAUGGAAAUAGAAGAUAGUUACAAUAACAGUAAAGGAGUGGUCAAUAUUAAUAGAAACAAAAUAGAAGCUAUCCCUACAAAUGAACAACCCAAAGAAUUACAAGACCUAAGAGGUCUAGUUGUAUACAAUGUAAAUGACUUUGAACAAGGAGUGCUGCAACAGGUGGCUGAUUGUGAUGUGUUGGAUAGUAGGACCAUUGAAAAUAACUAUGAUGGUACAAAGACAUUAGGGGGCUUAGGAAUUGAAGAGACUGAGAAUGAACGAAAAAUAAGACUAGGUGAAAUGACGCCAUUUGGUACAGUUGACUCGUUGCACGAAAGUGCUAAAAGCUCUGAAGACAUUUUGCAGAAAUAUUUACUAUCUCAAUCAAAGCUUGGAUCUACUAAAGUUCAAAAACCAAAAAAAAAUAGAUUUUUUCAUAAUAAAAAAAAACUGAAAACUCCUGUUAAAAACCAAACGCCGGCUACGACUCCGAUUAAACAAAAAGUAAAUGAUUCCGGAAGUGAAUAUGUUCCAUCGACAGAUUCUGAAAACGAAGCAAAUUCAGAAAAAUUUUCAAAAAAAAAGAAAAUUAGUCUACAAAAUAAAAUAAAAUUACUAGAUGACAACUCUGAUGUCAAUUCUGAUGAAGAAUUUUUUGAAUCUAGAAAAAACUCAUCAAAUCGGUACAAAACAUAUGAUGAUGGAAUUGAAGAAAACUAUCAGCAGAGAUUACGGGAGUAUGAACAAUUUAAUUUUGAAAUAGCCACCGAUAAUGAUGACGUUUUUCACUUCAUCGAUGAAGAUUUCUUUAAAGUCCCUAAAGAGUUAUGGGAAAAAUUAUACAAAUACCAAAGAAUUGGCAUUAAAUGGCUCUGGGAACUUCAUCAACACGGUUAUGGUGGUAUUUUAGGAGAUGAAAUGGGCCUGGGAAAAACUAUUCAAAUUAUUGUAUUUUUUGGAGCUCUGUAUUGGAGUAGAUUAAAAGAACGACGAACCAACGUACGCGGUUUAGGUUCUAACAUAAUUGUUUGUCCUGCUACGUUAUUACAUCAGUGGGUCGAUGAAUUUCAUAAGUGGUGCCCGCCAAUUCGUGUAGCUAUUUUACAUGAAACCGGCGUAUUUAAAGGCAAGCCAAGAACUUUAAUCAAAGAUAUUUGGUCCAACAAAGGAGUUUUGGUCACUACUUACAGUGGACUCCUUACACACUUUGAUGAUUUACAAGUAUUCGAUUGGCAUUACUUAGUGCUCGAUGAAGGGCAUAAAAUUAGAAAUCCUAAUUCCAAAAUAACCGUAGCAGCUAAGCAAAUAAAGUCUAGUCAUCGAAUUAUAGUAUCAGGUUCUCCGAUUCAAAAUAAUUUAAAAGAACUGUGGUCCUUAUUUGAUUUCAUUUAUCCGAGUGUACUUGGGACUCUACCCGCAUUCAUUAAAAGUUUUUCAGUACCAAUUACCCAAGGCGGCUAUGCAAAUGCUUCUGAAUUACAGGUAACCACCGCUUAUAAGUGUGCUUCAAUGCUCAAGGAUACUAUAAAGCCUUAUUUGUUGAGACGCAUGAAAGACGAUAUUCAAUCUCACAUUUCACUACCUGAUAAGAACGAGCAAGUCCUCUUUUGUCGAUUAACCGAAGAACAAAAAACAUUGUAUAAGAAUUUUCUCGAACAUUCAGAUUUGAUUCCAGAAAUAAUUAAUGGGAACUGUAAAGUGUUUAUUGGUAUAUCACGUUUAAGAACACUUUGCAAUCAUCCUGAUUUGUUUCACAAAAAUCUUGAUACUGGACCUCAUGGUCAUUGGAAAAAGUCUGGUAAGAUGAUUGUUGUUGAAGCACUACUUAAAUUAUGGAAAAAACAGGGCCAUAGAGUUCUUCUUUUCACGCAGAGUGUGAAGAUGUUGCAUAUUUUUCAAUCUUUUGUUACCGAACAAAACUAUUCGUACCUGAAAUUAGAAGGGACAACAUCAAUUAGUUCACGUCAACCUAUUAUCAACCGUUUCAACCAGGAUCAAUCAAUAUUUAUUAUGAUUCUCACGACAAAAGUUGGAGGUUUAGGAGUAAAUCUCAUUGGCGCUGAUCGUGUAAUAAUUUAUGAUCCAGACUGGAAUCCCGCUACUGAUCUACAGGCUAGAGAACGAGCUUGGAGAAUAGGACAAACAAAUCCAGUAACCAUUUAUCGUUUACUUACUGCCGGAACAAUUGAAGAAAAAAUGUAUCACCGUCAGAUUUUUAAACAAUUUUUAACCAACAAAGUACUAGUCGACCCAAAGCAGAGACGAUUUUUUAAAUCAAACUAUUUGUACGAACUUUUUACACUUCAAGAUGUUGACGACAAUGGCGUUGUUGAAACUUCAGAUUUAUUUGCCGGGACUGGAUCAGAAGUAAAAUUAAAACAAAUAAUGAAAGCUCGCCGUGAAAGGAGAAAAUCUAAAAAGUUAUCUAUGAGCUGUUCAUUUACUGAAGACAAAAUCGAAGCCAUGAAACAAAAAGCUCGAGAGCUUAGUAACAGAAUUGUUCAAAAUUCUAAAACGGUUACUGGUAACAAUUUAUCUGUACCACUAGAAACCACGACUAAUAGUAACAAUAAUACUGAGGCAACAGAGGAAUCGCCAUCACCUUUAGUAUCCAAGGUAGAAGAUAAUGGAAAUUCUUCUGUCACAUUAGACUUAUCAAGUGUUGCUACUUGUAGUAAAUACGUAAGUCAGGAAGAAAAGGAAACUGAAAGGAACAGUUCAUUAACAAGUUGCUCAAAAAGAAAACACAGUGAUUCAUCAGAUGUGCUUGCUAAAAUUAAAAAAACCAAGAUUCCCUAUUUAGUGAAAUGUGAUGUUUUUCAAGAACAAUGCGCUGAUAAAAGUUCAUCCAAAAAAGAAGACGAUUAUGUUCUUGAAAAAUUAUUUAACAAAUCGGGUGUAAAAGCAGCUAUGAGACAUGAUAGAAUUAUCGAAUCCACACGUUCUGACGUUAUUCUACUUGAAAACGAGGCGCAAAAAUUAGCCAAAAAAGCUAUUGAAGAAUUGGAAGCCUCCAGGGCCCAAUGUUGGGAACCAGGGUCGGGGCGGUUAAAUUGGACUGGUUCUCAUGGAACAGUAAAACCCAGAUUGUUAUUCAACUCUGACAAAUCGAGUCAGUUAUCCAAAAGCGCUACGUUGAUUGCAAUGAUGAAAAAACGAAAUGGUCAAGUAGAAGCAACUCAUCAUGAAAUUCAAAUACUUAAUGAAAUCAAACAGUAUCUCAUAGAAAACGAUAAUUGUGUCAAUACAGAUCAAAUUGUAAACAAGUUCCGAGAUAAGUAUCCCGCAGAAGAUACUCCUUUAUUCAAAUCGCUACUAAGCGAACUGUGCACAUUCCACCGAUGUUCCGAUAAGACAGGUGUUUGGAAAUUAAAAGAGAAGUAUUGUUAAAACAUUAUCAUCUUUAAUGUUUAUUUUUUAUAUAAACCAAAAUAUUAAUGUCAUUACGGUAAAUGUAUCCAGUAUUUAAGUUCCUUUUAAUUUAAAAUGGCAUAGCAUGUUUAAUUGUUACAUUGU